GCUCCUGGCCAUGGCGUCCGGGGGGUUUGAAAGUGAGCGGAGCCUAGAGGCGCGGAAGGAGCGGAGGCGGCGGGAGCGGGAGGCGCUGCUGGUGCAGGCCAAAUCUGAUUACGAGAAGGACGAGAGACGCAAAGAACUCAAGCGGCUGCGAGGUGAGGAUACGUGGAUGCUUCCUGAUGUGAACAAACGUGUGGAAGAGCUGGAAAAGGAACAUACUGUGAAGAAAAAGAAGAAAAAAGAUAAACACUCAAGAAAACUUAAGAAAGAAAAGAAGAAAAGCAAAAACCAAAAAUUUGAAAAAAAUGAUGAUUCAAGUGAUAGCUCUUCAGAUUCUUCAGUUGAAUGGGUUGAAUCAACUAUAUCACAGUCAAUUUGCACAGAAAAGGCUUGGAAAGUCAAGAAGGAGCAGUCGGAUACUACAGAAAAUCCUGCAGUUCAGAGGGAUGAAUGGAUGACCUUAGAUUUUAUGUCUCUGAAAACCACGUCUGCAGCAUCACUCAAAGCUGAAAAAGAGACAGAAAAAUUAUUGGAGCAACAGAAAGCCCAAGCAAUUGAACAGUCUAGAAUUUCUGAAAGAGAGCUGAACCCCUACUGGAAAGAUGGUGGAACAGGUUUACCGCCAGAAGAGGGUGAAGCAACUUCAGUUAAAAAAGUUAAAAUGGUGGAAGAUGGUGGAUUAAGUUGGUUAAAGAAAUCCUAUCAAAGGAUGAAGGAGCAGGCUGAGAGAGAGAAACGAAAUUUUGAGGAAAUUGUAGCUGAAAGAUAUGGGUCAGUGGAAAUAUUUCAGUCAAGAUGGGAAGAAGCUGAAGAAGCUGCAUCAAAACAGGAAAAUGAAUAUAGAAAAAGAAGAUGGAGGAAAUUUAACUAUUCAGAGAAUGAGCAAAAAGAGAGAGAGCACCACAUGGAAAAAGAAACACAAGUUGAAGGUGACAGAAUCAAGGGUAUGUGUAAAGGACAUUCUAGAGAUAGGCAUAAUAAGGUAUAUCCACUGGAAGAAAGAGAUUAUAGAAAAGACAGGCCAAGAGAAGAACGAGAAUAUAGACAUCGUAGCACAGACUCUGAGUUCAGAGACAAUUGUUCCAAAGCAGCAAAACAUUCUGAUGAAAAACGAAGUCAGGAGACAGUUUCCUCUCUAAGCAAUUUGAAAUAUAAAUUUUUGAAACCUUCUGAAGAUGAUUUGUCAUCUGUUAGUAAAGACUGCAAGCUACAGCAAUCCUCAUUAAAACUACCAUCUUGUAGCUUUUUGAGCAGCAAUUUCCAAAAACCUGGUAAGGAAAGUGAAGAAAAAACACCGUGGAGCAGAACACACAUAAAAGAUGAAAAUGAGAAACCAACAUUAGAUCAAAAGCCAUUGAAAAUGGAAAAAACUACUUAUCAUGAGGGAGCUCCAAAGGCUGAAAGAGAGAAGACACAGGAAGAGAACCUUGGAAACAUCCCCAAGAAGAAAGUGCUAUUGCCAGACAGCAAAGCAUCAUAUUCUGGACAUACUUCAAAGGAUGGGACUCCCCAGGCCCUUAGUGAAGAGGAGAUGAACAGACUGGGAGCCAAGAUUGUGAAAGCAGAACUGAUGGGAAAUUUGGAUUUAGCUUCAAAGCUUCAAGCCCAGCUUGAAAAUGCACGUAAACUAAAAGAAAGUAGAACAGAGACUCCUGCAAGACAACUUGAAAAGGAGGCUACAAGCUUGCAAGAAGACCAUGAAGUGAUACUUGUCAGAACAGAUCAAUCUGGAAGAGCAUGGCCUGUGAACACAAUGGCAGAACCACUGGAGCCGAAAGGAGGAAGACGAAAGAGACAGAUGGGUGCUACUCACAUAGAUAAAGAAAGGGUCAGAUACUUUCAGGAUGAUGAUGAUCUGAGCCUGAAGGAUUUGGUCAAAAAUGAAAAGAUGAGAACAGCAGAGGAUCAAAACUCACUAUUCAUGCGAAUGGCAUCAAAGUUUGCAGAAAAAACUGAUAGAGAGUACUACACACUGGAUGACAUGUUUGUUUCCAAAGCAGCUAAGGGAGAGCGGAGUGGAGAAGAAGACGAAAGACACAGAAGAAAAGCAAUCUAUGAACAUCAUCAGCUUGUUGCACGUAUGGAGAAGUGCCCAUAUUGUUUUGAUAGCCCUGAACUUCCAAAACAUCUUAUUAUUGCAAUUGGCAUCAAGGUAUACUUAUCCUUGCCGAACUAUCAGUCCCUUACUGAAGGCCACUGCGUGAUAGCCCCUUUGCAGCACUACACUGCUGCAACACUUCUGGAUGAAGACAUCUGGGAAGAAAUCCAGAUGUUCAGAAAGGCCUUGGUAAAGAUGUUUGAAGCUAAAGAAUUGGAUUGUGUCUUCCUAGAGACAAACAUGAGUAUAAAGAAACGAUAUCAUAUGGUAUAUGAAUGCAUUCCCCUCCCAAAAGAAUUGGGGGAUAUGGCUCCCAUCUACUUUAAGAAAGCUAUACUGGAAUCUGAUGAAGAGUGGUCCAUGAACAAGAAGUUGAUUGAUCUUUCUUCAAAAGAUGUCAGGAAGUCUAUUCCUAGAGGCUUGCCCUACUUCUCUGUGGACUUCGGCCUUCAAGGAGGCUUUGCUCAUGUAAUUGAAGAUCAGCACAAGUUCCCUCAUUAUUUUGGAAAGGAAAUAAUUGGUGGCAUGCUGGACUUGGAACCAAGGCUUUGGAAAAAAGGAAUUAGAGAGAACUUUGAUGAUCAGAGGAAGAAAGUGUUGCAAUUUGCACAGUGGUGGAAACCAUAUGAUGUCACCAAAACUAAAGAAUGAAUCCUUUACCCAACUGGAUGAAUCCAAAAGAGAUGUUGAGAGUGACAGUAAUCAAGGAC